UUCUUUCAUCAAGACAAAAAUCACUUGCUUUAAUUUACUAAUCACUCAAUUUCUCAACUUCUCGUAUUACUACUAAGUCUUUCAAAUUCAAACAAAAAUGUCUUGCAACGGAGGAAACUGUGGUUGUGGUUCUGGCUGCAGUUGCGGCAAUGGUGGAGGGUGCGGCAUGUACCCUAAUUUGGAGAAGUCCACUACAGUUACAAUCAUCGAGGGAGUUGCGAUGAAGAACAAAGUAAUGGUUGAGGGAUCAGUUGAGAAAGCAACAGAAGGAGGGCAUGGCUGCAAGUGUGGAUCAAGCUGCCAGUGUGACCCUUGCAACUGUUGAAGUUCUACUAUAGUGCUUCCACUAUGAACAUGAAAAUAAUAAAUUGUGUUUAUGUAUUAAUUAAGUGUGUUAUGUAAUAUUGUGGAAUUAAAGUUUUUGUAUAAUAUAUAAUUUGAAUAAGACUACAGCCAUGUAAUAGUGUUGGAUGUUGCUCUCAUGGCUUUUCUGUUUGGUUGUUUAAUUUGAUGUUUGUCUGAAGGAGGCUGCUUAUCUGAGCUGUAACACAAAACUUGUUAAUGUGCAAUAUAUAAGUUGUCUCCCUCA